GUUCAUGAUAAUCUGGAUAGGAAUUGUCUGAAUGGGGUGUUGGUCCGCAUUUGAAUGUACAGUUUAGUCUGGAUUUUCAGGACGAUUAUUUUGAUAUUCUAGAUUGACUUGUUCAUGUUCAAUCAUAUCUACAAUUUCGUGUGGGGGUUGAAUAAAAAGACUGUCUUCCUAAUUCUUGAUAUAAAUUUCUUUUUAACACUUUUGCUUCUUCAGAAUGUUCAUGUAUGCUUACAUGGCUGCAUAGCAGAUUCAAAAUAUGAAGACACUUAUCAUAAAAUUUUCUGAGGCAUUUGUCUCAACAUAACCAAAUCACGGUUUAGA